AGGAAGCCGAGGAAGAAAAGAAGAAAAAGAAAAAGUUAAUUCCCAAUUUCCUUACAAUGCCUCGGAUUUCAUGAGUUCUCCUGAUGGCACAUCAAUUCCUAUCUAAUUGUUUUUAAAUGUGUAGUUGUGGAUCUCUCUAUUCUGCCAGAUCAGUUUCAGAUCAUCUGCCUUCUUGUCUUCACACUCUUAUAUACUCUCUCUCUACACAAUUUUGUGUGUAUAUAUAUACCUAUACCUUUUUUUUCUUCUAGUGAGAUCAUCAACUCUCUAUCUAUCUAUUUCCCUCUCUCUUCUUCUCUCUCUUUCUCUCUCAUACAGUCUUUAUUUAUUCAAUUAGAUCUAACCUCUAAAGUCAUCUGUUUAUAUGCAAGAAACCCUUUCUUGAUGAUUAUCACAAGAACCCAUCAACAUCUACUGCUACUUGUACAUCUAUCUCUGCUCCAUGCAUGAAACCAUUCAAUUAUUUUUGCCUCUGCAAAAGGAAACUGAACUACCCAUAACCCCUACGCCACUUCUUUUCUCAUUUCCAUCUCUUUCUCUCCAUGAUGUCCCCUAAUAAUCUUCAGGGAAAGCAAGCUACCAACAAAGAAGACAAUCAGAGCUCCGGUAACCGGAAAUCAACAGCAUCAGCUAGGCCACAAGAACAAGCUUUAAAGUGUCCGAGAUGUGAUUCCCCGAACACAAAAUUCUGUUACUACAAUAAUUACAGUCUAACACAGCCAAGACAUUUUUGCAAGACUUGUAGAAGGUAUUGGACUAAAGGAGGAGCUCUGCGCAACGUUCCAAUCGGUGGUGGCUGCAGAAAAAAUAAGAAAAUGAAGUCAUCUUCAAGACUCUCCGGUGACUCAAAAGACUCCAGUGGUUCUUCAGAGAUCGGCGGAUUUAAGUUCUUUCAUGGUAUAUCUCCUGCCAUGGAUUUUAAUCUUGGAGGGUUAUCAUUUCCUAGGCUAAGCCCUUCUUCAGGUGGUCUCUACAAUCAGUUUUCUUCAUUUGGGGAUAUGUCUGCUACUUCAGCAGCUGCUGCUGUUAGUGUUACCAAUCCUUGUUUCAAUCUUGAUCCAUCUGGUAGCUCUCCAGUUGGUUCUUUGAUGGGGUUCAGUUAUCCAAUUUCUUCAGUUACUAGUGGGUUUAGCGGUGCAAUUCAAGAUGUGGGUACUGGUGGUGGUGGUAGUGGUUCGAUGAAUGUUCACACUAAUCUUGCAUCUUCAAUUGAAUCUUUAAGUACUAUAAACCAGGAUUUGCACUGGAAAUUACAGCAACAAAGAUUAGCUAUGCUUUUUGGAGGAGAUGAUCAUAAAGAUAACAGUGUGUCUUCUCUUGCUGUGGAAAAUCAAGCACAAAAGCCCCAACCCAUUUUGUUUCAAAAUCUUGAAAUUUCAAAGCCAGAAGUAAGCGGUGUUGGUAAUUCAAGAAAAGAAGCUGAUACUGCUACCGAAUGGUUCUUUGGGAAUUCUUACAGACAAGUCAAUCCAACUCCAACUAAUAGUAACAGUAACGGCAACGAUAAUACAGCAGGGGCUAGCAACUGGAAUGGGGUUCAGGCGUGGGGUGAUUUGCACCAAUACAAUGGUUUGCCCUAGACCAAGAUCAUAAUUUGAGGUAGACCUUAACGAAAAGGGAAGGAAAAGAAAAAAAAGAAGAUAUAUAUAGAGAAAUGAUAAUAUUAUCUAAAACCCAUUUAGGUAUAUAUUUGUUCUUCUUUAAUUUCACUUUAGUUUGGUGCAAGUUCAACUCGUAAAAGUUGAGGGAAAAGAGGAAGAAGAAAGUAAUUUUUUGUUUUUGUAUUUUAUUUUUAGUAAGAUGUUGAACAAUUAAAUAGCCUCUAGUUCUUGUUGUUGCUA